AUGCACGUACAAGCUACACUCUUAUAUUUCUUGGCCGUCGUUGGUCUAUGUGCAGCCAAGUGCCCAGUCGAUGAUGUAUCGGUCAUUGCCCAUGAGGGGGACUCGGUCGGACGUGAAGAGGUACAUGAUGGAGUAAACCUUUACAUUACCGGAAAUGUAUCCGACACGGCAGUCUUGUAUUUGACAGACGUCUAUGGCAUAAACUUGACGCAGAACAGACUACUUGCGGAUUCAUUUGGCCGCGCCGGUUUCUUGACCGUUGCUCCUGAUUUGUUUAAUGGCACGCCUUCGCCGCUGGACAUGAAUGAGCCCGGUUUCAACAUUACAGAGUUUCUUGCAGAGCACGGUCCCGAGACGACGGAUCCUCUUAUCGACGUUGCAGUCAAUUACCUCAAGGAGACGGUUGGAGUAACAAAGAUUGUGGCCACUGGCUACUGCUUUGGAGGUCGCUACGCCUUCCGGUACGCAGCCUCAGGCAAGGGUGUAGACGCCAGCUUUGCUGCACAUCCAUCGCUUCUAGAGGACAGCGAGAUUCUGGCGAUUGAGGGUCCCGUCGCCAUGGCGGCCGCUGAAAACGACAGCAUGAUGCCACCAGAGCGCAGACACAAUAUUACAGCGCUUUUGGGUAAUACGACGCAGCCCUACAAUGUCGCUCUAUAUAGUGGGACAAGCCAUGGGUUCGGUGUCCGGGCUAAUGUCAGCGACCCGCAGCAGAAAUUUGGCAAGGAGUCUGCCUUUUUCCAAGCUGUUAGAUGGUUUGAGAACUGGGCUUAG